AUGAGUUUCUCGGCAAUAUCAUACACCCUUGCGAGCAUGCUGCUGGUCAGCAUGUCCAGCAACAUGGUUGCGGGACAUGUUUACAUGUCUGAUCCAGAAGCCCGGAAUGUUCAUGGUAAUCCCGACAGACAAUCACUGGCCGCCGGAGGCCCUAGUACAGUUCUGCAGGAUGGUCAGUACCGACACGGUUUGUGUGGAAACAAACACACUGACGCACUACAGAAUUGGAAUGAGCCUAUGGGAAUCAAGCGAACCUAUACUGAAGGACAGGAGAUAGACAUCUCAGUAGUGGUAACUGCGCACCACAUUGGCUACUUUGACUUCCAACUCUGCGAUACAACGGAUAUCUCCGAGGAGUGCUUUGCCCAACACCAAUUAACACGUACUGGCUGCGAGGGUAGUGGAAGUGUUGACGACCCAAACUGUGAGCGCUGGUGGAAGCCUCUAGCACUGCAUGAGACUAUGGCCUGGGUGGUGACUGCCAAUGGUGGAUACCAGUACCACACACUGGAUAGUGGUACUGUGAUGGUGAGGACCAAAUUUGUCUUGCCGCAAGGUGUGACAUGCACAAACUGUGUUUUGCGCUUCCAUUACUAUUCUACGAACUCUUGCCGUCCCGAAAAUCAGAAUGACGAUUCGAACAUGGUGUCAGAAGAAUUCUGGAAUUGCGCCGAUAUACAGAUAACAGGAGCACAAGGCACAAGAAACACGGACGCGACACCUGCGCUCGUUGCAGACCUGAAAACCCGUGUACCUCAAAAUCUGAAGGGCACCGGCAUGGAUAAUUUCUGUCCCCGACAUGGUUUAGGAGAAAUUCAAGAAUAUGCCAACGUAGCUCAGUGUGUCUCUUACGACAUGAAAACACUACAGUGCGACUAUCCAGGCAACAGCGACGGCAAUGGUAACGCUGACAAAUGCGCGAAUAUUGCCUGUGGAGCUCAUGGUAUCUGUGAAUCUGGUAAUUGCGAAUGUAUCGAUGGUUACACCGGGGCUUCAUGUGACACGCCACCCUUAGAUGGCUGCGCGACAGUUGAUUGUGGUUCACAUGGAAGUUGCAGUGGAGGUGUAUGCACGUGUACAGACGGAUACUCAGGUAAACUCUGCACCGAUGCAGGUAGUGGUGGUGAUGGUGACGGUGUUGGUGGUGAUCUUGUACAGAAAUGUAAGGAAUGUCGGGGCUGUUUGUGGGAUGCACCGGGCGCAUGUUACCAUGAUUGGGACAAGGCCACGUGCGACCGAUACGCUGGAUACACUUAUUGCGGCAAUGUCGGUAGUGAUCUCUGCCAGAAUACCAAGUGUGGUGUCCACAGUUCCGCAUGUAAUGCGGGACAAUGCACAUGCACAGAUGGAUAUACUGGGCCACUGUGUGAUGUAGCCCAGAAUGUAUGUGCCACAGUUGAUUGCGGUUCAAAUGGUAUUUGUGAACUCGGUGUUUGUAAAUGCACAAACGGCUUCAGUGGUGAUUUAUGCCAGAAUUCUUCUGACGCCUGCUACAGCUUGAACUGUGGACUACAUGGCUAUUGCGAAUCUGGAGUCUGCACCUGUGAAAACGGAUACACUGGCUCUCUCUGUACUAUACCUCCUGCCAGUCCGUGUGACAACAUCAAUUGUGGUCAGUAUGGUAGCUGUACUGACGGUAUGUGCGUAUGUUUGGAUGGAUAUACGGGCACUCUAUGUGACACCCCCGCCAGUGGAACCGGCGACAGGGAUCCACAAUGCGGGACAUGUGGAGGCUGCUUGUGGAAGGCCCCCAAUGCGUGCUACGCUACGUGGGACAGAGCCACCUGUGAGAGAUACACACAGGGUGGUUACACAUUCUGCGGCACCACAGGUGGCGAUGGAAACAAGAGUGGCAACGAUGGUGAGGGCGGUGAUAGUGGUAGUAGUGCCUGUGACACCGUCGAUUGCGGAGCUCAUGGGUCGUGUGAUGCUGGCAUGUGUAACUGUGACGCCGGAUACACAGGGCUGUACUGUGAUGUGAUUCAAAGCCGUAAUAUACCAACCGGAUCCAUUCGCAACUUGUUGUCCAGUGCACAGUUUGAUGUGAUGUUCAAUCUGAGACAAAACUCCCCCAACUGCAACGAAGGAAUUUCAAAGUUGACGUAUGAGAACUUUGUGACAGCGGUGGAUACGUACUAUCCUGCAUUCGCUAAUGAAGGCAGCGACCAAACACGAUUAAGAGAGAUUGCUGCGUUUCUGGGUCAAAUCUCGCAAGAAACCACAGGCUGGUGGCCGGGACAGGAGUACGGGUGGGGUCUGUGCUUCAUCGAGGAAGUGGCGUGUCGAGAAAACGGGUGCCCACAAUACUCACAGCCUGGGAAUGCGCAGUAUCCGGCGGUAGAGGGCAAGUCAUACCACGGUCGAGGUGCUAUCCAGAUCACAUGGAACUACAACUACGGAAGUCUGAGUGAAGAGCUUUUCAAUGGUGACAAGAAUGUGCUGCUGCAAAAUCCCGACCUGCUGACGGAGGAUGGUGUGGUUGCUUUCCGAGCUUCCCUAUGGUUCUGGAUGACUGCUCAAGAUUCCAAACCUUCCUCACACGAUGUUAUGAUUGAUGUUGCACCAGAGUGUCCGAGCGCGCGUAGAUACAACGGAUACGGCCGUACAACGAACAUCAUCAACGGCGGUCUGGAGUGUCAAAUACCCACACCCGCGAAGGUGCAGAAUAGAGUGAACUACUACGAGCGGUACUGCAGUAUACUCGGAGUAGACCCCGGUCAGAAUCUAUACUGCGAUCAGAUGUUAAACUACCUAUCCGGAGUACAGUGUCGGAGCUAG